AUGACAGGGUACGAUAUUGUGCUGGGAAUCGAAUGGCUUAUUACUCUAGGCCCUUCAAAAUGGGACUUCGAAAAAUUAACCAUCUCUUUUGAAAAAGAAGGGAUAACCACGGUCUUGCAAGGCAUACCCCAUACACAAAUCAACUUAAUGAAGGGUGAUCACUUAAAGAAGUUAUUAAAGAAAGGCAAUGUCACUACCAUUAUCCAAAUAAGAAGUGAAAACAAAGCACAAUUUUUCUCACUCUCUACAAGGGCGCCAAAUGAUAUUCCUGAAGACCUUCAACAAAUGCUAGAUGACUUCAACCCAAUAUUCCAGUGGCUAAACUCAGCAACCAUCAAGGAUAAAUUUCCUAUCCCGGUCAUUGAAGAAUUAAUGGAAGAAUUGUAUAGGUCCAGGUUCUUUUCCAAGCUCGAUUUGCGCUCAGGGUUCCACCAGAUAAGGAUGCACCCAGGGAAAUGUAAUUUUGGGUGCAAGCAAAUUUCCUAUAUUGGCCAUAUCCUUUACGAGAAUGGUGUAGCCACAAAUCCAGCGAAGUUAAAAGCAAUGAGCACAUGGCCAGUUCCAGAAUCUCCUAAGCAAUUGAAAGGAUUCCUUGGUCUGGCCGGAUACUAUAGAAGAUUUAUAAAAGGCUACGGCUCCAUAGUAGGACCCAUCACUGCCCUGUUGAAAAAAUGUCAGUUUGAAUGGAAUAAAGAAGCUAAAGAUGCAUUUCUAUUGUUGAAACAACGCAUGCUUUCUCCUCCGGUCCUAGCGCUUCCAAACUUCAAUAUUCCCUUUGUAGUAGAUACCGAUGCAAGUGGAAUUGGUAUAGGGGCAGGGAAAAAAAACUUGGUGGCAGAUGUUUUGUCUAGGCGGGUAGCAGGUGUCCAAUGUGCAGGAAUUUCGGUCUAUCACACUGUUGUCCAAAAACAAAUUCAGGAAAGCUAUGAAGAAGAUCCCAACUUAGCCAAAGUCAUUCGUGAAAUUCUUGCUAAUGCUGAUUCUCACCCUGAAUGCUCAUAUGACCAAGGGAUGUUAAGAAAAAGGGACCGGCUGGUGGUGGGAAAGAAUAACGAUCUUAGAAAUACCUUAAUUGCAGCCAUGCAUUUGAGAGUAGAAGGGGGACAUUCGGGGACUCUGGUCACCCAAAAGAAAAUGCAGCUUGUUUACUCCUGGCCAGAGAUGCUUACAGAUAUUAGAGAAUUUGUCCGAACCUGUGAAGUUUGCCAAAAAAAUAAACCUGAUAACUCAGCAUAUAGGGGUCUGCUUCAGCCCUUAGCAAUUUCCAAUCGAUUCUGGGAAUCGGUCUCCAUGGAUUUCAUUGAAAGCUUGCCUAAGUCAAAAGGAGACUCGAGAGUGGAAGAAGUGGAUGUAUCACUAACAGCCAGGGAAGCCUCACUCCAACUCAUAAAAUUUCAUUUGAAAAGAGCCCAGAAUCGUAUGAAGCAGCAACAGGACAAAAAGAGAAAAGAUGUCACAUUGCAAGUGGGUAGCUGGGCAUUAGUGAAGUUACAGCCAUAUAGACAACGCUCCAUCCAGAAGCUAUUCCACAAGCUCUCACCAAAGUAUUUUGGGUCAUUUGAAGUGUUGGAAAGGAUUGGGGAAGUUGCUUACAAGCUGGAACUCGGGACCGACACCAAGAUACACAAUGUCUUCCAUGUCUCGCAAUUAAAAUCAUUCCAAGGAACCCCUGCUACUAUUGAAAAUAUUCCCCAACUUAGCACACAACCAAACAUGAACGACAAAAUUGUGGGUGAACAAGACAUAAUGGUGCAUGGGAAAAUGAAAAAACAGCUGCUAAUCAAUUGGGAUGGAGCCCAAACAGAAGACCAAACUUGGGAAGAUGCAGAAGUGAUAAGCAUUCAAUGCCCGGAGAUGCUAGCAGCAAGGAGGCAAACAAGACAACAUUCUCUUCGUCGGGGUUGA